AUGCCCGCCUCUGCUUUCACCGGUGGCGCCCAUUCUCCCACUGCUUCGACCUCGUUCUCCUCUUCUCCUUCUCGGUCUCUGUCCACGGCUGUAGAUGCUGUGGCAUCGUCGACUCUGUCGCGCCCAUCAUCCGUCGGCAUGCGAUCUCGCACGGGAUGCUUGACCUGUCGCGCGAGAAAGCUCAAAUGCGAUGAACAAUACCAGCGAGUGGGCGACAACGGAAAACUACAAUGUGCGCAUUGUCGCAAAGCCUCAAGGGAAUGCCAGCCCAGUGAAGGGAUCGUAUUUCGCCAUCAGCAGAAUGCUUCCAUGAACAAAGAAGGCCAUAGCUCCGGCGCUAUGAACAGUGGUGGUUUGAAGGGUUUCUAUUCUUAUAAGAAUACCUUUAACGAGGACAGUGUCUGGUUGGAUAUUCCUAAAGAUGUAAUCUUUGUGGACAAUUUCGACCCCGAUCUCGAGGAACUAGAAGCAUCCUUGUUGACAGAGGCAGCCGACUCCAGCUUUCUCGGCGAGAAAAAUUGGAGCCACGAGUAUUCAUUGACACCGAUGGACGAAAAUACCCAUGGCCUAGCUGCCCUAUCAACCGCUGCAACGCAGAAUCACUAUACCUACCAUGAAACAUCCACAUCCUUGACCGGGAAUAAUAGCUCCUCUUUACCGACUCUCUCUGGCGCACCACCACCGAGUCACACCAUAUCCUCCCCGGCCAGGUCACGCAGUACAAUGCCACCGCCGGCUUCUCCGUCGGCAUCGAUUACAUCCUCUAACAAUAAUAUUAAUUUUCUACUCAACCCUCCAAGUUCAAUGUCCCCCUCUAGUGAACCGAGAUUGCCUACGCCACUGGGAGGCAAAGAUUCACCAUAUACCCCCAAGACGCCAACGUCUCGCAAUACAGCAGUUAGUUUAAAACCAGAAAGAAGGGUUGAAACAAGUCAUGAAAUUGCGUUUCUCCUUCGACACUUUGCCGAGGGGCCAGGAUACUGGAUGGAUCUGUUUGACCUUGAGAUCUAUUUUUCCUCUUUGGUCCCCGCCAAAGCAAUCUCGAAUCCACUGUUAAAGUACGCAGCCUGCGCCUACGCAGCUAAACAGUUGAGCCGGGUUCAAGGAUCCAAAGCCGUUAUGGGCGGAAGAUGCUCGAAACAAGCAUCAAUGGAGCUAUGGCCCGAUGCCGAGCAGGUUGACUGGGAGUUCCACGGCGCAAAAUAUUAUGACAAGGCCAUCCAGCUCCUGAUGAAAGAACUACAACACGAUGGCGAAGGGCCGGCCCCGCUAAGUACGCUGGAGGCUUUUGGCCAGUGGGAAGCAUUGGAACUUACCGAAGGCGGAGAACCGGCCCGCAAACGACGCCGACGUCUUUCAAAUAGUCGUUUCUCAACCAGUCAUUCGGACGAGGUCCUGGCAGCAACAGCUAUUCUCUCGGUCUACGAGUUUCUUGACGCCACGGGGCUUGCCUGGAAUCGGCACCUGAGCGGCGUCAAGUCGCUUUUGGACAUCGCUGAAGUUGGCAUUAUGCCAUUGGAGCAGGAGACAUCCCCGGAGGGCAGUGUAUUGCCGCGAAAAGGGCCAGAGCGGAGUCUAAGGACAGCCACAUUUUGGAACUUUGCUCGACAGGAUUAUCUGUCUGCCUUUAUUAGUGAAUGCCAAACACGUCUGAACCCGGAGGACCUCUUGGUAUGGACUGAAGCUGGGCUCCAGCUCGAUGGCCACGGCUUUGCCCGUGCGAGCAACACCGAGGGAGAAAAUAUAAUGAAAGAAGACAUGAUUUCCAACACGCUCAUCUGGCUUUUGUCCAAGAUUGUCAAUUUCAUCGGCGCCGGUGACCAGAUCCAUCUCACGCCGACAGGCAACCCAGUCGAGCAAGGGCCCCUUGGCGUAUCACAGAACACGCUGCUUGAGCGGUGGUAUCGACUGCACCGCGAAUUAGAUGCGUGGUAUACCGGACUGCCCGAGACAUUCCAACCAUGCGCCAGGAUCGAGCCGCUCCGCAAUAUACACCACCCGGGGAGCGAUGUAGACGACAUUCCCUUUGUUGAGGUGUGGUACAGCAUGCCCAUGUGCGCGUCCACAAUGCAGCACUAUCACAUGGCGCGGGUCUUGUUGCUUAUCAACAAACCACACGAGUCGACUGCGCGCCGAACGACGGUCACAAAUAGACUACAGUCGUAUCGGUCUAUCGAGAGCGAAGUUCGUUACCAUAGCCAUGAAAUCUGCAACAUUUCCAUGUCACGAAUGGACUCAUCGGCGAGAAUCCACUCGCUACAGCCCCUGUUUGUCAGCGGGCAAUGCCUUACAGAACCGAGGGAACGGCGGACAAUCAUCGGACUUCUCAGGGGCAUCGAGGCGGAUACCGGCUGGGCGACGGAGUAUCGAGUGAAGCAACUCUUGAGAGAGUGGGGAUGGGAGGAAGUAAAUAUUAUUUUAUAA